CCGUCCUAAGCAAGAAACGACGAACUUCCUGCUUCCGGGACUCGCGUCUUCACGCGCAGGCGCCUGCCCGCAGAGCGCUAGCCGGCUUCCCUGGGGAAGGGUUCAAAGAUCGCACCGUUCUCUUUAGUCUCUCUUCUGCGGGGGAGACCUGAGCUGUGGACGCAUCCAGUCCCCGGGUGUCGGCAGUGCGGUAGUCUCGGCUCUGGGAACCUACCGAUGUCUCAGAAUGGUUGAGCUGGAACAGGCAGAGGCCCAGCUCUCCGAGUUGGACCUCCUGGCCAGUAUGUUCCCAGGUGAGAACGAGCUCCUAGUGAACGACCAACUGGCACUAGCAGAGCUGAAACACUGUGUUGAGAAGAGGACAAUGGAGGAGCGCUCAUCACAAGUGUACUUUACAAUCAACAUGAACCUGGACUUGUCUGAGGAAGCAAUGGUGAUGUUUUCUCUGUCCUGCAUUUUCCCCUUUAAGUACCCUACAGUCCUGCCUGAAAUUACUGUCAGAUCAGUAUCACUGAGUAGAUCCCAGCAGACUCAGCUGAACAUGGAUCUGGUAGCAUACCUGCAGAAGAACUGUCUUGGAGAUGUCUGUAUACUGAAUGCCACAGAGUGGGUCAGAGAUCAUGCCUCUGACUACGUCAACAGAGAUGCCUCUUCUUCCUCCGCCAAGGAAAGCCCAGCCCAGCCCCUGGAUCUCACUCUCACGAGGCUCUGGAUCUAUAGCCAUCACAUCUACAACAAAUGCAAAAGAAAAAGCAUCCUAGAGUGGGCAAAGGAACUGUCCCUGUCUGGCUUCAGCAUGCCUGGGAAACCUGGUGUGGUUUGUGUCGAAGGCCCACAGAGUGCUUGCGAAGAGUUCUGGUCAAGACUCAGAAAAUUAAACUGGAAGAGAAUUUUAAUUCGCCAUCGAGAAGACAUUCCUUUUGAUAGUACAAAGGAGGAAAUGGAAAAACAACGGAUAUUUUCCACUUUUGAAGAAAAGGUCUUCAGUGUCCACGGAGCCAGAGGAAACCACAUGGACUUUGGUCAGCUGUAUCAGUUCUUAAAUGCCAGGGGCUGUGGGGAUGUUUUCCAGAUGUUCUUUGGGGUGGAAGGACAGUGAGGACUGAGCAGAGGGGUGGUCGGAUGUUCCUCCUUUGAUUGUUUCUUCCCAUUCUUGCCUGGAUUUUCGUUUUAGUUCCAUUCUAGAAAGUUACAGGGUUGGGGGCAUGAGAAGACAAUUAGCAUUGUUGAAAUGCAUCUGUUAAAACAUGCCAUGACUGAAAAAAGAACUGAAUUUCAAAUUACCAACUUUACAUUACCAACAGAGAAGGCUGGAGAAAUGGGGCGGAGAUUCAGAGCCUGUAUUGCUGUCACUGAGGACCUAAGUUCAGUUCCCAGCACCCAUGGCAGGCAGCUCAUAAUCACCUAUAACUCAGAACUUAAGGGUGUCUGAUGGCCUCUGCCCUCCGAGAGGGUGCAUGCACAAACAGAGGGCGUCAGAUCUCCUGGAGCUGGAGUUACAGGAAG